AUAAAUAAAUAGAUAAUAAUAAUAGAAUGCCGUGAUAUGCUCGAGAGUGAGUUGGCAAUAAUAAACGAGUGAUGUGAGGAAAAAUAUUUCUUGAUACCUUAAUCAAAUGCAUCCUGCUGUUCUCUCUCAUAUUAUAUAGCUUUAUAUCACACACAUAUUACGUUAUACACAUACUCGCCAGUGCAGUGUCAUGUCGCGAUCGAUUCGCAGUUCUUUGCGCACAAUAUUCCGUCAACAUUUAUUCGCGAAUUCUAUUUUAUCGUUUAUUUAAAAUUUAAAAUAUACAUCCCCUUUUAGUCCUUUUUAAUUUAUUUGAAUAAUUAUUCAAAUGACGAAUAAACUGUCGUGUUAAAAAAUUAAAUUAACGUAACGUUUCGUAACUGAUGGUUAAUGAAUAAAUAUAAUAAUUGUCAACGGGCUUUAACUUUACCGUAAAACAUGCGUUUAAUUAUUCAAGCGAAUUCAAUUUCUAUAAAUAAAUAAAACAAUUUACGAGAGUGAUUUAACAACUGACGAGCUGUGAAAAUUCACUGUUUAAUUAUAUACUCUCUAUUAUACAAUAAAUAUUCAAGUGCACUGGGUUAUCAAUAAUAACUAUUCUAUUUAAAUAUUCAUUAUAAUUAUUCCUCAUCCAUUAUAUAUAAUAUUAAUUAAUUAAUUUUAAAUAAUUGUCAAAUAUUUAAGUUAAACGUCAGAGUAAAUAUGGUAACAAAGUUGUAUAUCAGUAGACUAAAGAGUCCGAAAAGUAUUAAUGGAUUAUUAUUAAAAAAAAAUUAUGCAAGUAUCGGGACUUGUCCCGUACAAAAUGAGGAAUUGUCGUGGGAAGAAGCAAAACCGUAUAAUGAAAUUCCUGGUCCAAAAUCUUAUCCCAUUUUUGGGAAUUUAUUUAAAUUUUUACCCUACAUAGGUGAAUACGGAAAUUUGCCGCUGUACGAACAAAUGAAAUUACUGAACAAACAGUACGGGAAGAUUGUAAAGCUAGAAGGAGUGUUCGGGAGGAGACCCUCGGUAUUUCUGUACGACCCAGAACAAUGUGAAAAAAUGUACCGUGUAGAGGGAGCCUGGCCGCUGAGAAUAGCGAUUGAAACAAUGUGUACAUACCGAGAGAGAAACUCAAAAGUUUACAAAGGAAAAUUGGGACUUGUCGGCAGAGCCAAGGUAAAGCCUGGCACGAGUUUAGGAAAAACGUGAAUCAACAUAUGAUGCAGCCGAGAAGCAUCAAGCCCCACGUGGCACAAGUCGACCAAGUUGCCAACGACUUUAUCACGAGAAUACGAAAACUUCGAGAUGUAAAAAGUUUUAAACUACCGGCAACAUUCAACAACGAAAUGAAUAAGUGGGCUCUCGAGUCUAUAUGUAUGAUUGCGAUGGAUCAUCGUUUAGGAAGUUUCGAGGACGGGUUAACAGCCGACUCAGAGCCACAGAGAAUGAUUGAUGCAGUUCACAACAUGUUUGAGCUCUUUUACCAGCUUGAAAUUUUGCCCUCGUUGUGGAAAAUUUAUGACACGCCGAAACUCAAGAAGUUGUUUCAGACACUAGAUGUUAUUACCAGAUUGCUUCGAAGCAUAUAGACGAUGCUAAACUAAAGUUUGCCAAGUACCCAAAGAGCAAUACAAACGAACGAAGCGUCCUGGAAAGUUUAUUGAGUAUCGACGAACAAACUGCUUAUAUUAUGGCACUCGAUAUGUUAACUGCUGGAAUUGACACGCUGGAAAUGCCACGGGUUUAUUAUUGUAUCAUAUCUCGAUAAACCCUCAAGUACAGGAAAAGCUAAGAGAGGAAACAUUAAAUUUACUGCCCGAUAAAACAUCCCCUGUAACAUUUGAUGUUCUUAAUAACAUUCCCUACCUCAAGGCGUGUAUCAAAGAAUCACUUCGAUUAGCACCGAUUGCUAUUGGCAAUUUACGAACAAUGCGUACCGAUGUUGUUCUGGCUGGAUACAAAAUUCCUAAACAAACUGAUGUUGUAGCGUGUCACAGUGUACUUUCAAUGGAUCCUGAGCAUUUUCCUCGGCCAGAAAAGUUUUUACCGGAAAGAUGGCUGAGAAAUAGCGAUAAUACAGAUGUAAAAGCCAGCAAAGAGGCGCAUCCGUUUGCUUACAUGCCAUUUGGUUUUGGCCCGCGUACGUGUAUUGGAAGACGAUUCGCUGAAUUAGAAAUGGAAACCCUAACGCUUAAGAUGUUGCAGAACUUUAAAAUUGAAUGGCCUUCUAACGAGCCUUUAAAAAUAAAAAGCCGGUUUAUAAAUACAAUGGAUUCGCCUUUGCAAUUAAAAUUAAUUGAUAUUUAAGAGGAUGAUAAGUUAAAAGUUUAACUCCCGUAGUAUAAAUAAUUUACAAGAUAAGAUUAGUCUAAAUAAAUUGUAUAUUUUUAUGAAAAUAAUUUAUCUGAUAAAAUAUUGAAUUGUGCAAUGUACAAAGUUCAACAACUAGGAUAUUAUACUGGUUAAUGUGUAAAUAUUAG